AUGCAGCCCACCAAAAGUACAGAAAUGAUGGUUUCUGACGAAAAGAGCGCUACUUUUGGACGUCAAGGACCUUCAAGAGAGAGAAUCAUCACAAUAAUAGUAUUGGCUGUCGCGACGAUCAUUUUCAUCGUUGGAAUCGCGUUGAUUGCUGUUGCAGCAAAAGAAAAAGGAAAAGAUGACGAAACACCAGGUAGGAAGGCGGCCGCCGCAACCCCAUCAGACAAAGCAACAAAAUGUGAUUAUUCAGAUGAAGCGAAACGAGUGGGGCUUGGUGAAUUCCUCGACAAAGUCAAGUCAACAUAUUAUAAACUCCAUCCUUAUGAAGUUUAUGAUGAUCCAGAUGUCACCCUUGACAGAAUCAAAGAGGAAUACGUCGCCUACGAUCCGACGCCCUCUACGAUCAAAGUUCGAACGGACACCUCCUUAGAUUUGCUCAAGGAAAUCAGUGAUAAAACUAUAAACCCAGCUGCAUUGAAACAGCGAGAGAGAAAAGUUUUGGCACAAGUGAAGCACUAUCUUCAGCAUGUUUUCGGUCAGCCUUUUGAUGCCAAUUACUAUGCGGGAGACUGGAUGAUGGGACCGAACAGAAACUGCUGGCAAGAAAUCUGCAACAUCGGAAACACAGUUUACAACGGACUGGGUCUUCAUUUCAAACCUAACAGUACAUCUGAUGUUCAGCUGAUAGAAAGGAAACUAAAGACUUACAAAGCUGGCAUCUUGCAGUACAUCGAAAACAUGAGGAUGGGGGUACGUAAAGGAAUGGUUCGAAGUAAAGAAGCGUGCGAAGUUGGAAUGAAAGUUUUAGCGGCCAAGUACAUGAAGGUUUCCAUAGACAACGAAACAGGUAAGCUGAGUUGUUUUUUAUAUCGUGCUGUACGAUUUGGUCUUGCUUAAGAAGGCGUUAUGUAACAUCUUAAGCAUUCACUUUGCUUAAUAAAUAUCUUUGAAGUUUUUCUAAAAUUCUGAUAAAAUUUUGCAUGUAAAAACGCUUUUCUGGCUUAUGUCAUGAAUGCCUAUACCUGUAUACGAAUAAAUGCAUAUGUUGAUCACUAGUGCAAAACCAGACCUAACCAAACCAAAUAGGCUUGAUCCUUAUCUUUUAGACAUUGCCCGUAAAUUACCAGCCAUGACUACUCACAUUGUAUGGCUGUAUUUUAUCGAAUCAAAGUAAUCUUUCCAAAAAGUAAAUGAUUUAGAUGGGUAAUCGGAAGAUAAAGGCGGCAAAAAUGAUGCCUAGUGGUUAGGGUAUCCGAUUCCAGUUCUUCCGUUGCGAGGGAAUACUUCGCAUUCUUUAGCACAUCAGAUUUAUUUCAAGCAGCGCUGAUUACAGUUAUUUUAAUGAAACUAGACAAGUUUGCGCUCUUUAGCGCGUUAGCUUUUCUGUUUGAAAGUUUCUAUGACGACUCAGUAGUUUAUCGCUAAUUUUUUUUCCUUCACGAACUUGCUUUCACUAAUAAGAGGGCUUCAAUACAGGGUUUACAUCUUGUAGCUCGGUAACUUUUACACUCAAGACUACACCUUUCGUGCUCAGAUAAAUAAUACUACUUCUAACGAAUCACAUUUCAAGUUCUGAGCUGGUGAAAUAUUUCCGAGACGUCUUGACUAAAGAUGACAUCAAAUAUCUUAAAUAUCCUUCUGAUUGUGCUGGGCAUCAUCAUGAAUAGGUCACGUGGUGUGAGAUUGAUUUACACUUUAACGCUACAAUUUGUGACAGACAGACAGACAGAGAGACAGACAGAUACCUAUAUUCAAUUAUAACGCUCGGGGUGGUCCUUUCAGGUGCUUGAAAACAACCUGCUAUCAAAACGAGUCCUGAGAACAGUUACAUAAAAUAAAUGUUAUUGCCCUGUGGGAUUCUGGCCCAGAGGCCGGAACCCGAGGAGGCACUAUAGAGUCCCCCGCAUAUAUAUGUAUAGGGAGGAAUAGGAAAUGACGAAAGCUUGGAAAAAGUCACGGAAUCACUCACUUGAAUAACGUAGUACUGUUACUCGUUACUGCGUUACUCUACUGAUUUAGUAACACACCAUUAUUUCAUAGUGGGAAACCCAGGUGAAGGCCACUGUGGUCUCUUCUUUGUUUUCUCUCCGCCUUCUUUCGCCGGAUUUUCAGCCUCGACUUAAGCAAAAGUGCUUGUUACCUUAUUACGCAUCAAUAAGGAAUUUCGCGGCUUCUUUCACAUGGUAGCCCUUGUGAAGACUUUCACGUAGCAGUUCACUGCUGCGAAAUAUAGAGGUUACUGCUGAUUUGAAAGGGAAGAAAGAUUAUUAACAUAUUUACGUUCUUUGAAAAGCACACGAUCAUUCUUGUCUGCUAAAUUUUUAAAAUGUUUCAAUAAGAGAUGGACCCAGCCGCUUGUGUUGACAUAGGAUAAUUGAAUCAAAUCAAUUAGCCCAUGACUCUAACUGUUCCCACAGUUCGAGCUUCACAUCAUAUCGUUAACAAUCGACUUGAUUCACUAUGGUGAUUGGUUUGAUCCUGAACUCGAAUUUCUUCUUUUUUUUUUUUGUCCAACGAUGCUCAGUGUAAACUCUGAAAAGAAGUUUUAAGAUAAAAAUUCGAUUCCUAAAAAAGGCCGGGGCAGUUUUAAUGACAUUAUAUUAAAGUUGCUUGAUAAAAAUUAAUGAUUAGAUACACAUAGAAUGAAAUAUUUUCGCUUAAAAUUAAUGUUCAAACAGUAUUCUUUCAUCUAGAAAAAUGAUCAAAAAUAAUACAUCAAUGGUAAAAAAGAUCUUUUUUGUGAUUUCCCUUCUGACAGCAGAUAGAUGAAGAAGAAUACUUUGUCGAGCUACGCGCCUGUGAAUCUUAUUGUUACAAGUAAAAUAAUCUUUGACAUAUUGAGGGCAACGUCCUAAAACACAUUCCUUUACAAACUGAAAAGUAUUCAGCAACCCCAUACUGCAUGCAGUAAUCAAUAGAAUUGGUCUAAUUAAUGAGAUAUAAACAACAUUGGCACUCGGAGUCGUCAAAUUAGGGCGAAGACGACUGAACGUGCCAAUGAACCUACCUGCCUUAGAAAUCAUGAGCUUUACAUGACUGUUCCAAGCAAGGCGAUAAUUAAAUACCACGCCCAGAUAUCCAAAGUCGUGAACCCUGUUAAUUGGUAUUUCAUCAAUACGUAUAUUAAAGAGUCUUCAACAGAGGCCUGGAAGCAAAAACAAUGGCUUCAGUCUUUGUGAAAUUAACAGACUAUUACUAAAAAAGACGUCUUGUACCGAUUUAAAUAUGCGAUUUCGUUAGUAAUUGAUGCAAAAAUAAUCACAUUUUAUGGAUAGGCUACUUAUUCUCAUCGAGGAAAGUAAAAAUUGUAAUAGGCUCUUCCCCCUACCCUCCUCUGUUUUGAGUAUACAACAUGGCGUACACAAAUUUUACGAACAAGCGCUGAGUGAUCCCGUCCCGAAAAUACCCUCACACUGUAGGCAAACAAUUACUUGACUUCUCUGAGUGAGACUCACAAAGAAAAAAUGUCUCUCUUCACUAGUGAUAUUUACUAUCUCCUUAUACUUUCUUUCUUUAUAGUUUAUUAUCAGAUUAAUUCCUUCAUCUGUAUCUUUGAUAAGCAGAAGGAAAAAAAACUCUCAAAAUCCCCAAUUUUUAUAUGAACUCAUCUGGAGUUCAAUACAAAAACGGUUCGGUAUUUUUAUGAUGUCUUAUUAGCAUUUGCCGGAAAGUAAUGAACUGUAAUAAAAAUGCCCACUGUAUCUGCAUCGUCGACAUACUUUUUAUUCAAAUUGGUAUGGACAAAAUUUUUUAGUCUUUACUUAGUUUUGUGUUUUUUUUUUUUAAAUAAGUGAAUAUAUGAUGAAAACCUUCUGGCUGGUGAUUAAUUUAUAACCCACACGUUCUCACAAACUCUGACCAAAGUUUUUUCCCUUCCAGGUUUACUAAGAGAGUCGUUCGUUCAACCCAUGUUGGAUCCUGAUUAUUAUAUUGGUAUAACAAAAGAGACUGAUGACCAGUGGAAGACAGAACACAACGGGAAGAACGUCAAUGACUCUGUGAAAGAGUAUUUGGUGAAUUACCUGGGGAAACCUCUACAUCAACUGCUAAGGUAAGGUAGAACAAGUUGCAAUCUCUUCGCCUUACAAUUUAACAGAUAGAUUCCUUGUCGUGUGCGUUUGUACAGCUAAAGACCACAGAUGACGUCAAAAUGUGGAAUAAACAAAAAAAAGGCAAACGAGGCGCAGCCGAGCAUGUUAUGAUAGUAAUAGUAAUAGUAAUAAUAAUGAUUUUAUUUCAGCUUUUCCAUUGGAUGGCUCUUCCUCUGGAAUAUCUUAACAUAAAUGUUAAAAAAAAAAAAUGAAAGUCUUAAAAGUAUGGUUCAUGUUUCUUGAAAAAAAUGAGUAGUGACGAAGACAUCUUAUCUUAUCAACUGCUACCCACAACGACAGAGAUCUUAUCAUAAGCUUAACUGAGCUUGACAUUUGUGUUCGUGUUAAAUUGUUAAGUCUAAGGCCCUGGACAAGGGCGUGGCAUCCGCUCUGUUCUUCACUCUCUUCAAACUCUUAGUUUCAAUCAAAAGAACGAAAAAAUGAACAUUCAAGAAAGAAAUUCGGUACUGAAGUUCAUGUAUUACACGCCAUUAGAUAUGUAAAGGAUGAGCACAUUCGUCACUGCGUUCCAAGUAAUAAAUCCAGCGGUUGGGCUACUCUACCACUCAAGUAUGUUUGGGUUGAUAGUAAAGAGAACAAAUCAUGGCCAACAGAUCCAAUCCUGCCCAGUGGUGAAACUCUCAAUGGAUCGCUGGCUUACACCAGGAUCUUGUCAUAUUUCACAACAAACGACAUGACCCCGAUGGAAGUAACAGACCUCGGGAAAAAACUGUUCGACCUUUACUACCCAAUGGUAAGUUGUGAAUUUAUUGCGGCGGGCAUACUGACUGUCCAGUUCACGGCGACCAUAUUGGUUACCAAAACAAUAAAACGGCAGUUAUGCUGAUGUACCAAGUCAGCCUAAGGGAUCUGAAUUCGUUUCCUAAGUAAACAGUUUCUUUGGUUCAAACAAUUUUACGCGGCUGCUCAUCACGUUACUGAAGUUAAAUAUUUAUAUAUGCAAAGGCUAUCCCAAUAUUAUUAACGCAGUUCAAGAUCUUUGUGAAACAUUCUACGUAAAGGUUGGUUGCGUCCCCUCCCCUCCCCUUCCCCCCCCUUCCCUCCCCCUUCCCCUCCCCUUCCCCUCCUCCUCUCCCUCCCCCUUCCCCUCCCCUCCUCCUUCACUCUUCUGACCCAAGGAAAGCUUCUUUAAGGAUGAGGGCCGUGUGAUGUCUUGUCCUAAAGAAUAGCGUCAAGUGAAAUUAGGUGAUUUCGUGGAAUUGCCUGCUACGAGAGAAUUUUAAUUACAAAUUAUUUUCUAACUAAAAAGUUAAUUUUAAUCAACCCCUUCUAAUUUCCAUCCAUAGGUUCUAGAAAUUGCAAGGACGGUAACUGGAAAAACCAAUAACGAUACCGCGAAACAGGAGUUUAAACAAUUAUUAAAUGAUUCUUCUAAGUUUGCAUUCAACACGAAACCAAUCCCUAAAAACGAGUCAGAUGAAGGAGCACACCGGAAAUGCAGUGACACUAAGGGAGCUAAAGAACAUUGCCCUAUACGUUGGGCUGCCGUGCAGACAUGGAUGGAUGAAUCAAGAAAGGUGGGUUUCUAUGGUUAAAUUAAGUUAAUUAGUGGACGUUCUUGGGAUUAUGAGGCAAAGGAGUGGCAGAAACACCCUCAUUCAUACAUUUCCUCGGGAAAGACGAAUAUACAGAUAUGUCCAUAUUACUUCACAACUAAGCUUUUCGUAAGUCUCUUCUUCAGCCUUAUUUUCUCCAUUUCAGGUCAUGAGUUUACUUGCACCAAAGACUGUUCCCAUGUUCCAUUUUACUGGAGAUAAGGCAAGUACCCCUGCCUGUCCAGUUGACGUCCAGCCCAACUUUAAUCCAACCAGUAAAGCACCGUUCUACCGAAGCAGCGACGCUGAUUGCAAAGAAGGUGCAAAAUUCAAAAUUCCGUUUUUCGCCUCAAUGCCAACUUAUGAAGAAUGGAGUGUCAAUGCCCAUGAUGCCAUGCCUGGGCACCAUUUGCAGGUUUAAUUUUCUUUAAUUUAUCCAUAAAUUAUAUGAUUUUUAGAACUUUCUUAAGUUAGAAAACUUUUCCUCUAGUGAAAAGAGACAAUACACAGAAUUUGUCACGGAGAUCCAUUAAGCAAUCUAAAAAAAAUUUGUAGUUUGCAAUUGCCGCAUUUUAAAAAAUUCGUUGCCUUUAGCCUUUAAGUUGUCUUUUUUCAUAUUCUUAUUCUUACUCCAAAACUGCGAACACCAAUUUGUUCCUCGACGAAAAAAGGUUUUAUCCUCGAGAAAAGUGUUUUGUCUCAGUGCUCGAACGUUAUUCUAUCCGAGCUCAGUUAGUAAUAUGUGUUCCUUUAUUCUAUUUUCAGAUACAGGGACACCUGGAGCAUUUCCGUGAUAACUGUGGUGGUACUAUCGCUUGGCUUGAUGGUCUGACUUCUUACACAGGGUUCAAGGAGGGAUGGGCCAUGUACGCGGAGUAUCCGUUGAUCGGAAGAGACACAAAUGCGUACGACGACGAGCCCAUGCAGAAAUACGGGAUGUUGAAGUGGAUGGUAAGGAAACAUAGACAAGAGUGGACCCAUACACUUCUAUUGCUUUAUAUCAAAUUGGGUACUUCGGAUACGAUUGCGUAAGAUAAUGAAAUUAGUUAAUAUUUCAUUUUGAGCUUCAAAUCUAUGAUUUAGGUGCAAAGAACCGUCAGUCGCUGCUAAUAUCGCUCGAGGAAUAGCAACACAGCGAGCCUAGAAUUUAGCGGUACUUUCUAACGACAAACCUCAGUGACUAUGCGAACGACAUCAUUAUCCGUGUUUGUAUUUUAAAUCCUUGAGAUCGAGCGUUGCUGAGCUCAGGCUUAGAUCUGUCUUCUUAUCUGAACUUUUGCUUCUAUUGAUUGUCACUUUCAGACCUUAAUUGCGAAAUAUUCAAUGUUGUUCAUUUUUAAGGUGUGGAUAUCUAUCCGACUGAUUGUGGAUCCCGGUCUGAACUAUUUUGGUAUGAAAAGAAAUGAGGUCCUUGGAUACUUUAAAAAUUAUACCUGGGAUGAGUCAAGCAUGGCCAUGAAUGAGGUAAAAAGCUACAAAAGUUAAACAGAGAAGAUCUACACUCGAUGGCGCUUGUUUGUACAUGUCUUUUCAAUCCUUCAUAGCAUCGAAGAAGCCAAAGCUCAUAAAAUUAGAUGUACAAUUUGAAGAUUCUGUUUCAUCCGUUUGCUGUUUCACUUUUCGAAUAUGACGAAAUAACCCCCCCGCCCUACCCCCUCCAAAAAAGUUAGCCAGUUCAUGUUAUGAUAAAGAAAUUAUGACGACUAAAUUGCUGAUUACAAAAAAAAUUUAGAAGAGCUACAGAAAACCUAAAACUUUUCUUUAUAAAAUGACAAAAGGAAACAUAUUUUGCUCGUGUGACAAGCCAGCACAACCCCAUGUUCAUUUCAGCAAUGUGCUUCAGAGACCUGAAAAGAAAAAAUGAGAACAUGACCAGAAAUAUAAAAUUAUAUAUGUUGUUAAGACUCGUCUUUGCCAAUUGAUGAAAUGGUACAAGAAAAAAAGUUGAACUCUAAAUGUCCACCUCAGGCGAUCCGCUACGAGAGUAUUCCUGGACAAGCCACUUCCUAUAUGAUUGGACAAGGGAUGAUUCUUGAGGCCAGAGAAUAUGCAAAGAAAGAACUGGGAGACAAGUUCGAUCUGCGAGACUUUCAUUACCAGGUAAGGAUGGAAAGGUAUUUUGUCAUGGAGAUACUAAGUUGGAGACAGAAUAAUACUUGAGUUAAAACUCAGCGGACUCCCGCUAUAAUUGUAACGUACUCAAUAAAAUAAUUUGGUUUAUCAACUGAUUGAUAUAUAAAUUGCCGACCCUAGAGAGUUUCUAAGCUGGCUAAGCGUUAGCCAUUUGUCAAAGCAAAUGGACGAAGGUCUAGCGCUCUGGCGAAAGGUGUGAGCUUAGAAACUCUUUACGGUGGCCAAUGUACAUAAUCAACUCACUUAAUAAAACCAAAUUAUCUUUUCAUACUUCCUCACCGACGCAGAACCACAGUGCUUUGGAAAAGUACCCCCUUUAACAUAUUCAAUACAUCGGCUCCUCUAUUCACAGUUCCUCAAAGUGAUUGGCUCCCUCUAUUGAUAGAUUGUAUAAUGUUAUUACUUUUCUAAUCUUCUAUAACUCUAGUAUUCAUUUUUAAUCUUUCAUCUUCAGAUUUUGUCACAAGGAUCCUCGCCUCUUGGUUACUUGAUGGAUCACGUGAAAGAUUAUGUGGCCUGUGUCAAGGAUCAGGCCAAAGAAGGCUGUGACGUCAUCAUGAAUCCGCCAAAGAAAACUGAAGCAAAGAAAGAAGCCAAGGCACAAGUUCGUUGGCCAAAGAUGAUUAAGCCCGCCAUUUAUUACAGAUGAGCCAUCGAUGCAUAUCAUUUUUUGUUUAAUUCGCGAAUGAUUUUAACUUAAGCUUUUCAAAUAAAUUGGUCCGCGUUUGAUGGAAAAAAAUUUCCCUAUUAUUCG